AUGGACAAGGAUCCAGUGGCUGAGAAGAUCUUGAGCCUCACCCUGGAGAUCAUCUCCCUGCUGAGCGGAGAGGAUUAUAUGAUUGUGAGGAAGCCCAGUGACUGCGUCCCACCCAGCAAUGGCCCCCGUGUGUCAGACGGACCCCCCGGGACCCGGAGCCCCAGCCCGGUGCCUCCACCUCACUCGCUGACCCACGAGAGGAACCGCGAGCAGAAGAUCCUGGAACUGACCAACAAGAUGAUGUCCCUGCUGACUGGAGAGGUUCCUGUAAGGUGUGAUGACGUCACCGUCUAUUUCUCCAUGGAGGAGUGGGAGUAUUUAGAAGGACACAAGGAGCUUUACAGGGACGUGAUGAUGGAGACCCACCAGCCCCGCGGCUCUCCGGACGCAUCCGAGGUCAGAGAUCGAGCCCCUAAUUCUCCGCUGGACUGUAAGACGUCUCAUUUUAUUAAGGAGGAAUCCGCCUCAUGUGAAGAGACAGACAUUUGUGACCCGGCGGAGUAUCCACAGACAGAGCUCACAUCGACUCGUAAUGAGGACGGAUCCCCCUCAGAUGAAGACGGAAAUGUCUCAGCCCCCGAUACACACACAGAGCACGACGGGGGGGAUAUUACGUCUGUCCACGUAAAGGAGGAAUCCGCUUCCAAUGAAGAUUAUUGGAUCCCAACCGAACACAAGGAAUCUACUUCUACUUAUAAAACCCAAACCAGUAACACACAUUUUCAGUUUGAAACACCCCCCGAUGAGGGUACAUAUAGCUGCCCCGAGUGUCAGGAACGGUUUACCAGUGACUCUGAUCUUCUUCUACAUCAGACCAUCCAUGAUAGAUCGGUGGCCUCCUCUCUGGGCUGUGAGAAAAGUUCUUGUUCUAAAUCGAAGCGCGUUAGGCGAUGUCGUAUUCACACCGGGGAGAAGCCUUAUUCCUGCUCCGAGUGCGGGAAACAAUUUAACAGGAACAUGCAGCUUCUUGAACAUCUCAGGACUCACACGGGUGAUAAGCCUUUUUCCUGUCCUGAGUGUGGGAAAUGUUUUAAUAGGAACUUACAUGUUGUGGAACACCUGAGAACUCACACGGGGGAGAAGCCAUAUGUGUGCUCUGAGUGUGGUGGUUGUUUUAUCAGUAAAGCAAGCCUUUCUGUGCAUCAGAGAACUCACACCGGGGCGAAGCCUUUUUCCUGUUCCGAGUGCGGGAAAAGUUUUACCAGUAACUGGCACCUUAUUCAACAUACCAGAACCCACACCGGGGAGAAGCCUUUCUGGUGUUGCGAGUGCGGCAAAUAUUUUAACACUAACUCAAACCUCGUCAAACAUCUCAGAAUUCACACCGGCGAGAGGCCAUUUUUGUGCGAUGAGUGCGGGAAAUGCUUCUCGCAAAAGAUAGAGUUGGUAGUCCACCAGCGGACUCACACGGGUGAGAAGCCAUUUCCUUGCUCCGAGUGCGGGAAGAGCUUCAAACAAAAGAUCGGGUUGGUAGUCCACCAGCGGACCCACACAGGAGAGAAACCGUUUCCGUGUUCCGUGUGCGAGAGAUGCUUCACCUGUCACUCGCACCUUGUUCAACAUCUCCGACUGCACGGCCGGGAGAAGCCAUAAAGUGUUGGGGCUGUGCCAAAUGUUUUAACGCUAAAGGGAAUUUCAGUAAGCGCCAGCGGGCACACGGGUUAGAACCAUGUGAAAGAAUUGUGGGUAACAGGUCCGGGGCUUGUUAAUAAAUAUUCCUUUAUUGCUUAGCACCAAAGGACACAUUUACACAAACAUUCUAAUGUUUCUAAGGCUUGAGAAAGACCUGUGCGUCGAAACGUU